UCCUUAUUUUCAAUGGCUUCCAAUUCCUUCAUUUUCACCAUCUUCCAACUCUUAAUAUCAUCAUCCUACAUAACAUCAUUAGCUCAACAAGAAGCAAGACAACAAAAUGAGCUUGUGCCAGCAAUGUUCAUCUUCGGUGAUUCUCUAAUCGACAAUGGAAAUAACAAUAACCUCCCUUCUCUGGCCAAGGCCAAUUAUUUUCCUUAUGGUAUUGAUUUCUCCGGCGGUCCAUCCGGAAGAUUCUCCAAUGGAUACACCAUUGUCGAUGAAUUAGCUGAUCUUCUUGGACUUCCACUAAUCCCACCGUACUCGGAGGCUUCGGGAGUGAAUAUCUUCCAUGGUGUUAAUUAUGCUUCAGCUGCUGCCGGCAUUUUAGAUGAGACCGGUGGUAAUUUUGUUGGAAGGAUACCAUUCACCCAGCAAAUCCGAAACUUUGUGUCAACACUAGAUCAAAUAACCAGUAACCUCGGCGCCGAUGCUGUUGCUAACUCCAUUGCACAUUGCCUCUUUUUCGUCGGUUUUGGAAGCAAUGACUACCUUAACAACUAUCUAAUGCCGAAUUACAACACUCGUAACCAAUACAAUGCAAUUCAGUAUGCUGAUCUCUUAGUAAACCAGUACAAUCGGCAACUCAUGAGUUUGUACAAUCUUGGAGCUCGAAAGUUCAUGAUUGCCGGAGUCGGAGCAAUAGGAUGCACUCCAAAUAUUUUAGCGCAAAACCUACAAAACCAAUGCUCGAGCGAAGUGAAUAAUCUCGUAAUGCCAUUCAAUGGUAGAGUGAAAACAAUGGUUAACAACCUCAAUGCGAAUCUCCCCGGUGCUAAGUUCAUAUACAUUGAUAUAUUUGGGAUGUUUAGUGAUAUACUCAACAACCCGGGAGCCUACGGAUUUCGGGUGACGAAUCGAGGAUGUUGCGGCAUUGGCCGUAAUCGAGGACAGAUAACUUGCUUACCUUAUCAGAGACCGUGUAUGAACAGAGAUCAGUAUGUUUUCUGGGAUGCAUUUCAUCCAACAGCUAAAGUGAAUGUCAUCCUUGCAAGAGAGGCUUUCAAUGGCAACAACAAUGUAGUAUUUCCUCUGAAUGUUCAACAACUUGCAACUCUUGAUGUUGAUCAAAACUAGAAAUGUAUUAUUAUUGCUCAAAUUAAUAUAGUACUUAAUUGUGAGUGAUAUCACAAA